GAAGUCCACCCUCUUGUGAUGCCGACUGCAGUGUGUAUAACACCAGCGAGGGGCAGCUCUGGGAGUCUAGGCGGAGCUGCGGCAAGAUCAACAACAGCAUCCUGCCCUAAACAAGAGAAAGACCAGAGGUGGACGGUAUUUAGUCCGGAUGCUCCGAGCGAGCGGCAGUAACCGGAGGAAUUUGGGGUUUACUGCGACAGAAGAGGAGGAGGAAGAGUGUGUGGAAGUCUCCAGCCUGUAGCCUCAUGUUGAGAGUUAGCUAACGAGCUAUCCUCCGCUCUCCGUUCGUCCGCCUCACGUCUGUUGAGCCUAGGCAGAGCGUGCUCUUCCUUAAAAGUGAGCAGCCAGUGCGUUUGUCACAGGGCGACUCCCGGGCUCCCGCACUUCCUCCAGUAAGUUUUAAGGGGACAUUUUGUUGCUUUUUUCUGUGCGGUUCAUACCUUCAGUGGUGUUAUUUGUGCCAUGUCGGCGACAUCCGCGCCUACAGCCCCGGCUGAGACCAACCCUACAGAAAAUGAUUUUCUAGCCACCGAUCCGGGUCAGAAGCCGCCCGGUCCGACGCCCAGUCAGAGCCGAUUCCAGGUGGACAUUGUCACUGAGGCAGCGGGUGCCACCGAAGACAAGUCCCCCAACUCCGACGCCUCCUCCGGGGUCCCAUCCAGCGAUAAGGCCCCUCAGGAGAGUCAGGGUGCGGAUCCUGGGACCAGUGGCGAAGAAGCCAAAGGACGGUUUCGGGUGGUGAAUUUCGCGGAUCCGAGUGCAGCGGGAUUCGAUGCUUCCCCGGAUGCAGCGCCGGCUGAUGGGCUGCAGAACGGGGACACCGUCAUGAGCGAGACGAGUUUGCAUUCAUCCACGGGGGGCCAGCAUCAUUAUCACUACGACACCCACACCAACACCUAUUACCUGAGGACUUUUGGUCACAACACCAUCGACGCCGUGCCGAACAUCGAUUUCUACCGACAGACAGCAGCACCUCUGGGGGACAAACUCAUCAGACCCACCCUAUCAGAGCUGCACGACGAGCUGGACAAGGAGCCAUUUGAAGAUGGGUUUGCCAAUGGUGAUGAGCUGACCCCGGCUGAGGAAGCUGCCGCAAAAGAAGCAGCCGACUCUAAAGGAGUGGUCAAAUUUGGCUGGAUUAAGGGAGUGCUGGUCCGCUGCAUGUUGAACAUUUGGGGUGUGAUGCUCUUCAUCCGCAUGUCAUGGAUCGUUGGUCAGGCUGGAAUUGGUCUCGCCUGUUUGAUUGUUGCCAUGGCUACUGCAGUGACGACCAUCACUGGUCUCUCUACUUCUGCCAUUGCCACAAAUGGAUUUGUACGAGGAGGUGGAGCAUAUUACCUGAUUUCAAGGAGUCUGGGUCCAGAGUUUGGAGGCUCUAUUGGUCUGAUAUUUGCCUUUGCGAAUGCAGUGGCUGUGGCCAUGUAUGUGGUGGGCUUUGCUGAAACUGUUGUUGAACUUCUUCAAGGUGCAGAUGCCCUCAUGAUGGAUGAAAUAAAUGAUGUCCGAAUCAUCGGCACCAUUACAGUAAUUCUUCUCCUGGGCAUCUCUGUAGCAGGAAUGGAAUGGGAGGCCAAGGCCCAGAUCUUCUUGCUAUUUGUCCUCAUUACAGCCAUCAUCAACUACUUCAUUGGAACCUUCAUACCAGUCAAAGCAAAGGAAUCUGUUGGCUUCUUUGGCUAUGACAGUGCAAUCAUGUGGGAAAAUAUGGGUCCCAACUUCCGAGAUGAAACCUUCUUCUCCGUCUUUUCAAUCUUCUUCCCUGCAGCCACUGGUAUUUUGGCUGGAGCAAACAUUUCAGGAGACCUUUCUGACCCACAACUAGCCAUUCCUAGAGGAACCCUUCUGGCCAUAUUAAUUACAGGAAUAGUCUACCUGGGUGUUGCUGUUUCAACAGGUUCCUGUAUUGUGAGGGAAGCCACUGGAAAUGUGAAUGACACUCUCAGUUCCGAGUUUAUGUUGAACUGCACUGAUGCCGCCUGCAAAUUCGGCUAUGACUUCUCCUCCUGUCAAACUGAAAAAUAUAGUUGCCACCAUGGACUCCUGAAUGACUUCCAGGUGAUGAGCAUGGUUUCUGGUUUUGGACCCAUCAUCAGUGCCGGUAUCUUCUCUGCCACUCUGUCCUCAGCUCUGGCUUCUUUAGUCAGUGCACCUAAAGUUUUUCAGGCUUUGUGUAAGGACAAUAUCUACCCCGGCCUGGCCAUGUUUGCUAAAGGCUACGGCAAGAAUAAUGAGCCUCUCCGAGGCUACAUCCUGACCUUCUUUAUAGCACUGGCCUUCAUCCUCAUUGCUCAGUUGAAUGUAAUUGCCCCCAUCAUCUCCAACUUCUUCUUGGCGUCCUAUGCCUUGAUCAACUUCUCUGUGUUCCAUGCCUCACUGGCUAACUCACCAGGUUGGCGUCCCAGCUUCAAAUACUACAACAUGUGGGUUUCUCUUGCUGGUGCCGUACUCUGCUGUGUGGUGAUGUUUGUCAUCAACUGGUGGGCGGCCCUCCUCACUAACGUCAUUGUUCUGGGUCUCUAUAUUUAUGUCAGCUACAAGAAGCCUGAUGUGAACUGGGGCUCAUCAACCCAGGCUCUGACCUACCACCAAUCUCUGACACACACUUUGCACCUCAGUGGAGUGGAGGACCACAUCAAGAACUUCAGACCCCAAUGUUUGGUGAUGACUGGUUACCCCAACUCUCGACCAGCUCUUCUGGACCUGGUUCACAGUUUCACCAAGAAUGUAGGCCUGAUGAUCUGUGGUCAUAUUCGCACGGGUUCCAGAAGACCAAACUUCAAAGAUAUUUCCACAGAGCAGUCCCGGUACCAGCGCUGGUUGCUGAAGAAUGAGACCAAAGCCUUCUACACACCAGUAUUUGCUGAGGACAUGAGGCAGGGCACACAGUACCUGCUCCAGGCUGCUGGCCUGGGUCGCCUCAAGCCGAACACCCUGGUGCUUGGCUUCAAAAAUGACUGGAGGGACGGUGACAUGAUGAACGUGGAGACCUACAUUAGUUUGAUCCACGAUGCCUUCGACUUCCAGUUUGGAGCUGUUAUUCUGCGACUGAAAGAAGGUCUGGACGUUUCCCAUAUCCAAGGACAAGAUGACUUGUUGUCCUCCCAAGAGAAGUCUUCAGUGAUGAAAGAUGUCAUUGUGUCCAUAGACACAAGCAAAGACUCUGACGCUGAUUCAUCGAAGCAGUCCUCCAAGGCCACUAGCCUCCAGAACAGUCCAGCUAUACAGAAAGAUGACGAUGAUGAUGGCAAAGCUACAACCCAGCCCUUGUUGAAAAAAGACAAGAGAAGUCCAACAGUGCCGCUGAAUGUGUCUGACCAGAGACUGCUGGAGGCCAGCCAGCAGUUUCAGAAGAAACAAGGGAAGGGCACAGUGGAUGUCUGGUGGCUGUUUGAUGACGGAGGUCUGACCCUGCUCAUCCCCUACCUGCUCACUAACAAGAAAAGGUGGAAGGACUGCAAGAUCCGCGUCUUCAUUGGAGGCAAGAUCAACAGGAUUGAUCAUGACCGCCGAGCGAUGGCCACUCUGCUGAGCAAGUUCAGGAUAGACUUCUCGGAUAUCACUGUGCUGGGUGACGUAAACACCAAGCCCAAGAAGGAGCACGUGUUGGCCUUUGAGGAGAUGAUCGAGCCAUAUCGCCUGAAGGAAGACGACAUGGAGCAGGAGGCAGCAGAGCGGCUAAAGAACAGUGAACCUUGGAGGAUCACGGACAACGAGCUUGAGCUAUAUCGUGCUAAGACUAAUCGUCAGAUCCGACUCAACGAGCUCCUGAAAGAGCACUCGAGCACAGCUGCCCUCAUCGUCAUAAGCCUUCCGUUGGCCAGAAAGGGCACAGUGUCCAGUGCUCUCUACAUGGCCUGGCUGGAGGCACUGUCCAAGGAGCUGCCGCCCAUCCUGCUGGUGCGCGGAAACCACCAGAGCGUCCUCACCUUCUACUCUUAGACACACAGAGAAGAAACAUCAAGUUUUUAAGCCUCACCUCCCUCUCUGCUUCUGGGAGCAGACAUGUAUACAUCCCAGUUCCAUCCACACCUAAAGGUGCACCACAUACACUUCAGAGACGGUAAAUUAAAUCACAGCCACUGGUGAAAGCAAUGCUGGUAAUACGAAUUAAAUGAAGGAAGAGAAAAUUGGUUGACAUGUGUGUAAAUGCUCUACAAGUGACAGAGGAAUGUAUGGGUUGUGGUGGGUGGAGGCUGAAAGGUUGCCCAGUCUGCUCCUUUCUUGAUAUUUAUUCCAAGAUGUCAGGAUUCUUCUCUUGUAGCUCUAGUUUCUUCUAAUUUCCUCAUGAAAAUGUCAUUUUUGUUAAAGCUGAUUUCUCUCAGGCCCCAAACCAGUUGUGUACAAUCAUCAUAUUGUUCUCACAAUAUUGAAUACCUUGAUGUCAUACUUGUUAAUUUAAUUGAAGUUGUGAUACAGCAAUAAUCACCCUGUUGUUUUCCUUAAAUGUUGGGAGAGAACCAUGCAGAAUGCUUUGCAACACCAUCUAAAGCCUUAUGGAUGUGCCUUCCAGCUGAAUGAGAUAAACUAAUUCUAAUCUCUAUCCAGAUUGACAAUACUUUGAUGAAUAAUAGUUCGCUUUAUUGAGUUUUUAAUGUGAUUCCUUCUUAGUUAAGCUCUGUAUUUAUGCAUAUAGAUGCCUGAAUUUAAUGAAAAGUGUCCACUUGAUUGCAUAAAGACUUCGUAUGUUAUUUCUCUCUCUCCCUCUAUCUUACCCUAAUCAACAUGCUUAUAUUGGGCCAUUGUAUUUAAAUUUUUAGUAAAAGUUUGGGUCUUCCUUUUCAAAGCUGUUCUUCUAUUCUUACGAAAGUCUCAGCUCCUUGACUGAAGACCAAAUUUAUCUUAUAGGCAUAGUACCUAAACCAUGUGUAUAUGGUUCUUAAAUGUAACUUCUUUUCUCGUUAAUAGAUGUGAAUCUAGUUUGUCAUUAGCCAUGUCAGGUGGAAAGGCAAACUCCCCCUUGUAGCUACUGAUUGACUAAAUGAAGCUUUUCUUUAAACAUGUUUUUGUAUUUCUGUGUCUACAUGUAUGGUUCUUUCAAUGUAAGGAAAUCACUCUUCCCAACAAGUUAGUUAAAACCUUGCCUUAAUGCUAGAACUAUCUAGCUCGUAAUGCUAGUCAUGAGUUUAUUUUCUCAUAUAAGCCAUACUGGCUGGAUGGUCCCUGGGUAAAUUCAGAUAGCAGUCCAUUAAUAACAAUCUUUCAUAGCUUACUCAAGGCCUGUGAGCUGCUGGUUAAAGUGGUCAGUCAAAAGAUAGUAACACGUUCCAUUUAGUCAACAUCAGUGGCACAAUAGACUUGAGUUUUGCACUCAUGUACGUCUGUGGUUGUUUGAUGAAAACUGCUGGUCCCCUUUUCCAACAAAGCCCAGGUGGACAGAGAAAAAGAAUGACGGGCAAGCUUCAUAAUGGGAAGAUUUGCUGACAGGAAGAAUGUGACAUUGGAAUGUCUCAAGACUGAGUAAAGAUAUACCUCUAUGCAGAUGAGCUUGUGUUGCAUAAGCACACCUAAUAGAAGUCCAUCGCUUCAUCACAUGAAAAUAUCUACUCGCUUCAGUUCAUUGAGGUGGAACUUAAGGCACAUUUCUUUCCUAUAGGAACACUGGCCUGUAAACACAAGGGUACAAUGACUCCAAUCAAAGCCAUUCGAGACUGUUUCACAGUUUAGAACACUAAUGUUUUAAAUAAACCAAAUGUAUUCCCUGCACUACCAUGGUAAUAAACAAUAUUCACUUGGCAAGAGGCUGCAGAUAAUUUUAUAUAAUAACCACACAGCUCUUGCAUAGUCCUCUUAAAUUCAAACAGGUUUCUGUUGUUACUAAGCUGCUACUGCCACUUUUUGGACGGGUUAAAUUAACUCAAUUUAAAAUUGUGUUCAGACUGAACGAAAUGUGAAUUUCAGAAGUGCCGCCAUUACUUUUGAAGUAAGCGCGGAUAUGCUAAUUCUCCCUGUGCAGCACACAUUGAGGCAGAUAUACACCUGGAUUAGGAAAAAUAUUUGAGGGGAAGAAAAAUAUGAGGUGAAAUCCUGUUUUCCUAUUCAUGAAAAUAGAAAGAUAAAAACAAAGGAAAUUACAGUGCAGCAAUGUUCAACAUUGACUGUUGAAGCACAAUAACAGAUAACAAAGAUGCAAUUUCUCAUUUGAACAUGUCUAAAAUUUGGCUGCCCACAUAAAUGUUCUAUUUAAGGGACCUGUCCUGAAAAAAGAAAAUACCAUUUGAAUAGCUGUUGGUCUAAGCUGUGUGUAUAGGAUCAUUUUCAUAAAAAACGACAGCGCUUUGUGGAUAAUCCCAUACUUCCACUGUUAACAUCAAUAGUUAACAAGUAGUGAAAGGGAACCAUAACUGAAACCCAGUUUAGAAAGAAGGUCUAUUGUGACCACUGGUUAUUCAUUAUUGACCGAUUAUUGUCAUAGAUAUAGAAACUGCUACAAACCCACUGGAUAAAACGGGGUUCUCUAUUUGUAAUGUUCUUGUUUUACCGGUUUCCCCGAGAAACAAGCAGUAGCAUUUAGAUUGUACUUCAUCGAUUCUAUCCUUUACUGUAUGCAAAUGUUAAAGAUGAAUUUAGAACACAAUGCUUUGGUUGGUUGAUUAUACUAUAUAAUGAACACUACUGUUAAGAAAUAGUAUACAUCAUUUCCCUUGUUUUCCUUUCUCAUUAUGAGCUGUUUCCUAAAUAGACUGAAGUUCAGCACAAUGCAGUGUACUUACAGCUUAACUGUGCUUAUAUAUAUAUAUAUAUGUGUGUGUGUGUGUGUGUGUAAUCGCCAGUUACCUACACAUUAACCAUAUAAACAACCAACAAAGUUUUAGAGCACCUCCACAUCCAGUUUUUACUAAAUUUUACAUCCUAAUCUAAGUUGAGCAGACAAACAUACUUCUGGCUCUUUUUGUUAAAUGGAAAUUACAUUUUUUGGGGGGUUGUUGCUCGCAUCACUGCAGUAGAGGAUGGGCUUUGGUUUAGUAACAGUAACACUGCCUUUUUACAGACGCUUUGUAAGCGCCUCUAUAGGAUUAGUUUGUAUAAACUUCCAAUGCUGCCGUAUAGUUAAUACUAUAGGCCAGUUUUCUAUCAAGAUUAGCUAAUAUCACUUUUUUUUCUGUAAAAGUAACUCAUUUACUUUUGUACAAUUGUAUGUUAUUCACUGGACUUGAGUUGAACUGCUCAAUACAAAAAACUACUUAAACAUUUAUUUUUUUUAAACUGGAAAAGUUGAGGUGUUGUAAAAUUUUGACCAGGUAGUGUAAAUACUCUUGCUCAAGAGUGUUAAAUAUGCCCUAAGUAGUUUCCAAAUAUGCUGUCAACCUUUAUAUAACUUUGAAGGCACAGUCAAAGAUCAUCUUUGGUUAAGUUGUAGCAUCCAAAAGUGUCCCCCAAAGUCAUAAUUUCUUUCUAAAUUCUGUUUAGGUUGUACCUGUAGAAAAUCUGAACAUGGUACGCAUAAAUAAUAUUUUGAAAGAAGAGACCAAGUUUAAAAUAGACCAAAAGGAUAUUAAUUGUUAUCAAGUGACAGUUUAUUGCAUAAUUGUUUGAUAAUACAAAGAGGCAAAAGUUCAGUGGUUACUUGUAUCCUAACCACUAAACCAAUGCAUGAUGCAAUUCGUAUAUCUCAUAAACAGUUUUUUGCCAAAUUUGUUCCUAAAAUGCAUUUGAAGCUGAAAGGGUUAAAAAUACCUUUGAGCUAGUGGAAGAUUCUGACAUUUGGGGGCACUAUUGUAAACUAUUAAAAAAGUAUUGUAUAUUUAGUUUAUAAAUUAUUCUGCUGUGACUCACUAACACUCCCUAGCUGUCGGAGAGCAUUAUUACAAACAAGAGCACGGGUUUCUCUAUAUUUGAAUAUUACAGUGAAAAAAAUGCAGCAUGUAUACACAUAUAUAUAUAUACCCCUAUCUAUACACAUAUAUAAAUGUAUCUGUCCAACCUGGAGAAGAUCUUUGUCUUGUGUCAUUAAAUGAAACAAAAGACCUCCUGUCAACAUUUUACAACCAAAUAAUAGUGUUUGUGUCUUGUUUUCUUCACUUCUGUCCUGAUAAAUAGAGUCUAAUGAUAUACUCUUUUCUAUGAAGAAACCAAAAGUUACCUGUACAGAUGUCAGCCUCCAUGCGAUUUGACGUCUCCUAAUCUCUGCAUGUAAUUUUCUGCUAAAGCCCCCUUCCUCUCCAGUAUCCAUCUGUCAUGUAUGAUGAUCGGUAAUAUUGUAAAAAAUAUCAUGAACUGGUCUUAAUGGUGAUGGAACUCUUGUCCACAUUUCAAACCUAAAAUAACCUGUAAAUAAACUUUAUAAUCUAAGGGAGUGGGAAAUUUGUCAAAUUUCAAUAUGGAGAACAAUAUUUAUUUUAGUUUAGACAUUUCUCCGCAUAUAUUUCUGUCUUGAAAAAUUUGGUUUUAGUUGUAAGUUAAUUUGCAGAUUGAUUUAUUUUUUAUUUUUUAUUUGAUGCCUUUUAAUUUUGGCAGACUGUCUUUUGUCUUUUUUUUCUUUUUCUCUUUGAAUCAGUGUAUUUCUAUCUUUUCAAUCCCUUCUGAAGAAAAGACACGAUGAUAUAAGCAGAUCAAACCUGUUUCUCCUGCUUUCACUCGUGGAUUGAAUCGACUUAGCCAGUUAUAGCUGUAAUGUUUUGAUACACUGUACUGUAAACAGUAACAUAUAUGCUAUUUCUAAAAUUUUAACAUUCAUGAUUACCAAUACUUUGUACAUCUUUAAUGCAAUAAAUCAAUCAAAUGAUA